UGUUGUGCCCAAAGUACAAAUUUAGAUAAAGCUACAUUCUAAGAUAUUUAGUAGUGUUACCUGAUCUACAGAAGGUAAAAAGUAGUAUUUCUUGCAUCAAAAACCAUCAUAAAUGUUCAACUAGAGCAUGAAGACACAGAGGGGUUCUGCAUAUCACUGACGACAUAUUUGAAGGAGAAGUGACAGUUCGGGCAUGAACCAAACCUUAAUGUCCACAACAGAGUUUGUCCUGCUUUGUAGAGUCGACUCCCAGAAGAAAAGCUACACCAUUGCUGUCCUCACUAUGGUCUACUUGGUGACUCUGUUUGGGAACUUCCUGGUAAUUUUGGUCAUAGCAAUGAAUCCUCAGUUGCAAAAGCCCAUGUAUGUUGGUAUUGCUACUUUAGCAGCAAUUGAUUUGGUUGGCAGUACAAAUAUUACUCCAAAACUAAUUGCAGUUCUUUUAGACUGGACAGCUAUUCCUUAUGGACCUUGCUUGUUGCAGAUGCUCUUAGUUUUAUAUUUAGAGGCAGCAGAAUCUUUUCUUUUGGCUUUCAUGGCAUGUGACCGCUAUGCGGCAGUUGUUCAUCCACUGCGAUAUUCUACACUCGUCACAAAAAGAACCAUCUGGGCUGCUUGUACAUUACUGAAUGCUGUUCCAGCUGCUUUUGUUUUAACUAAUUUGAUUUUUAUUACCGAGUUUUCUUUUUGUAACACGAAUAUUCUAAAUUAUUGUUUUUGUGACUAUUCAUCGCUAGUUAAAAUAACCUGCAAUGAAAAUCCUAAAUACUUUGUCAUUUUGUCAGUCGCUUCAUUUGUGUUUGGUAUUUUGCCAUUUGUAUUCAUUUUACUUUCCUAUGCAAGGAUUGCUUACGCUGCUCUGAAGAUCUCAUCUAGUGACGGAAAAAGGAAGACAUUUAACACUAUAACCACCCAUCUGCUGGUGGUGGGACUCUUCAAUAUUCCACUUUUAAUGUCCUAUAUGUUAACUGGAGCAGGAGUGAAGCUGUCUACUGAAGCCUACAACACCAUGAUAAUUGUAGCAAAUGUCGUGCCUCCAAUGUUCAACCCCAUAAUAUAUAGCUUCAGAAACAAGGAGAUACGGAGCAGCAUCCAGAAACUUUUGAAGAAAAGUACAUAAAAUAUGCCACACAUUCUAUGGAUCUCAGAUUUGUGAGACUAAUAUACUGUAUAAAAUAUCUCUUGAAUAUUUAUCAUUAAACUCAAUGCAAUA